AUGGUUGAUCUCGCUGGUUUCUCAGGCCUCGAGAUAUUCCUCGGCGUCGCUGCGUUCCUCACCACGAUCUGUGCCAUCUCCUGGGUCGUGCGAUGCGCCGUCGGCCAUCGCGAGGCCGAGCCAAACGAUGUCGCCGCUGAUGCCGAUGGGAAAAGCGAAAGGUUGCUGAACAAGGAGGUCGUCAUCGACGUCCCGGUCCCGGCCGCCGCCGCCGGCGAGACUUCCACAAACGGUAGCAACGACGUGGCGCUCUGCGCGAUCUGCAAGGGGAUGCUCGCGGACAGCGGCGGCAGUGCCGGCGGCUGCGUCCGUGUGGUCCGGUCGGCAUGUGAAUGA